AUGGAACUUCCAAUCGAAAAGGAAUUACAAAAUUCUUUAAAUCCUGUAUUAAAAAGUGGCUACUACAUUAGUAAAAAUAGUAGAGACGUUACCAUUUCUUCCGAAGGUAUUAAGAAUGCUUCCAAUUCUUUAUACGAAAUGAUGAAAAAUAAAAAAUAUUCUACUUUAACCUGGAAACAACAUGAUCUUCAUCCUAAGAUUGCUAAUGAAAAAACAAUUGAUUGGAUUUUUAUGAUUGAUUUAUUAAAUUUUUCAUUUUGGUCCGAAAAAGAUGGUAGUGAAAGAUUCGCGAUUAUAUAUAAAGAGAAAAAUUGUGUUGGGUAUUGGUCUCUAUGUGCAGUUAUUAAUAGAGCAAUUGAAGAAGGUACCCCAAUUACUACACCAUCUUAUUAUUCAUCCGAAUCAAAUAUUUCGGAUCAAGAUAUUCGUCAUGUAUUUCGUUCUUCUACUCAAGAAGAAAUACCUUUAUUAAACGAAAGGAUUAAGUGUAUUAGAGAGGCGGGAAAAGUUUUAAUGGAAAAAUUUGAAGGAAGUUUUGUUAAUUGUAUUAAAAAAUCAAAUAAAUCAUGUAUGAAAUUAUUAAAUUUGAUUAUUGAAAAUUUUGAUUCAUUCAAAGAUGAAGCGAUAUUUAAUGGAGAAAAGGUGGUACUUUAUAAACGUGCACAAAUAUUGAUAGCUGAUAUUUGGGCAUGUUUUGAUGGUGAAGGUUUAGGAGAAUUUCAUGAUAUUAAUGAAAUUACGAUGUUUGCUGAUUACCGAGUACCCCAAGCACUUUAUUCUUUAGGUAUCUUAUCUUAUUCUGAUAAUUUUUUAAAGAUGUUAGAAUCGGCUACUUUAUUACCAAAUGGUUCUAGAUUAGAAGUUGAAAUUCGGGGAAGUUCUAUUUGGGCGGUGGAAUUAUUAAAGAGAGCUAUUCAAAAGAAAAUUGAACAAGAUAAGGAACAUGAAGCGAUACCAAUAUUAAACGGAAUUAUAUUAGAUUUUUUCAUAUGGGAUUAUGCCACCGAAAGUAGUGAGAUAUUGAAUUUACCAUUUCAUAGAACACAAAUAUUUUUGCCUUCCACAAUGGAUUUUGAAUUCGUGGACAAAAUUGAUAUUUCAGAAAACUUAAAUUAUGGUUAUGGUAGUAACGAUUUUAAUGACUAUGAUAUUAGUAAUGAAAGUGAAUCCGAAGUAGAACUUGCGGAACUACUCGGAGAUAGUGACUUUAUUGAUUCCGGUGAUGAAAUGAGCAAAUGGUGUUCGCCUUGUAAAGCAAAAACUUAUAAAGAUUUACAAGAAUCAUAUUUAUUAAUACAAAAUUCACUUAAAGAAAGAUUAAUUGAAUUACAAAAUAAAGCUCAUUGUCCUUUUUGUACGUUAGAUUACAUAGAUUAUUUAUAUAAUCUAAAAAAUGUUGUGAAAUUUGAUAAUAAUAAUUGGAAAGCAGAACUUUUAUUAACAAAAAUCGGAUUCAACCAAAUUCCUGGAAUUGAUCCUAAAUAUGUUAUUUUAAAAGAACUCAAAGAUUGCUUGUACGAAUUUUCAAUUAUUAAUUGUGUAUUUAAAUCGGUCAACGUACUUCCUUACUAUGGAGUUACUCAUGAUCCACUAACAAAUACAGACAUGAUCGUAAUGCCUUAUGUUCCCAACGGAAAUUUACGAGAAUAUCUUAAAAAAUCGGAAAAUUGUAAAUAUUUCAAUUGGUGGAAUAGAUUAGCUUUAUUAUACAAUCUUGCAACGACAUUAGCGGAUCUUCACGAUGAAUCAGUUGUACACAAAAAUCUACAUCCAAAUAAUAUUUUGAUAGGAAAAGAUAUAGAAUUCCCUAUUCUUUCGGAUAUUGGAUUAUCUUUAAAUAGUGAUAAAUAUAAUGAUUAUUCAGUGAAUGAAAAAAUAUCCGAACAAACUUAUCCCUUUUAUCAUGGUCAAUAUAUUCAUGGAGUAUUACCUUAUAUCGAUCCCACAGUAUUCUCAAGUAUUUUCAAAUUUACUAAAAAAUCCGACGUUUAUAGUUUCGCUUUUAUUAUGUAUGAAAUUUCCACUUUUGAUUUACCUUUCUCGGACGAGUCCCAUGAUAAAGACUUAAUUGACAAAAUAACAAAAGGUUUACGACCAAAGAUUCCAAAAGAUGUUCCAAUUUACUAUGCGGAACUUAUGAGAAUACCUGAUAUUGGUGAAAUUGAGAUCAUAUUGACUUCAUUAAAUACUGGAUUAUUUAAUAAAAAUUACCAAUUUGAACCAAUUGAACGUUCGAAAGAAUGGUGGAAAGGUACUUUAUCAUAUUCCAUUUUAAAAAAUUCGAAGAAUAUGGAAUUAAAUGAAAGUAAAAAUAAUAAUAAUGAAGCGAAUAAUGAAAACGAAGAAAGAAAUAAUGGUAAUUAUGACGAAUCUACGGAUAUAGGAGAUGCAGAAUGGGUGGUCGAUAGUAAAGCCUUUUACGUUAGUAGACGUUUCAAUGUGACAGAGAUUAUUAAGAAUAUGGAAAGAUUGGAUUUGGAAGAUGAUGAAGCUUUGAUCAAAGAAAUUAAAGAAAUUUCUUUAAAAGAAAAUAUAGGUAAUGAAUUUGAAGAAAUGGAAUGGAUUGAAAAAUUACAGUAA